UUCUUUUCUUUGAGUUGCCUCUAAAACAAGUCUUUCCCUCCCUCUUCUUUUGCAUUUCCUUACCCUUUUCUUGCAAUCCCAUCCUCAAAUAUAUAUCAUUUGGCCUUAAAUAUUCCAAACCCACUUGUCCAAAAACACUCUAAAAUAUCAAGAAAAAAAGAUGAAGAACCCACAAACAAGCCUACCACCAGGUUUUAGGUUCCACCCCACGGAUGAAGAGCUCAUUCUUCACUACCUUAGGAAAAGGGUUAUUUCCAUUCCUUUGCCCGUUUCCAUUAUUGCUGAGGUUGACAUAUACAAGUUUGAUCCAUGGGACUUGCCAGCUAAGGCAACGUUUGGUGAGAAAGAGUGGUACUUCUUCAGCCCAAGAGAUAGGAAGUACCCAAAUGGUGCAAGGCCAAACAGGGCAGCUGCAUCUGGAUAUUGGAAAGCCACGGGGACAGAUAAGACUAUCAUGACGUUGGUCACACCAGGAGGCGGACAGCAGAACAUUGGUGUGAAGAAGGCUCUUGUGUUCUACAAAGGAAGACCUCCGAAGGGUGUCAAGACUAAUUGGAUUAUGCAUGAAUAUCGCCUUGCAGAAACCCCUACUUACACCUACUCCAACGUUAACAAGUCCAACAACAAGUUCAAAGAUUCAUCUAUGAGGUUGGACGAUUGGGUUCUUUGUCGUAUCUACAAGAAAACAAAUGUUGUGCAUCCAAUAGCAUCAUUUCCAAGUGACCAAGAAGAAGAGGAGCAAUUUAUCCAAGAUGCCCCUUUGCCAAGCUUAAUCGGCGAUCAACAAGACUCCUUUAAACCCCAGAAAUCUUCUUCAUUCUCCGACUUGUUAGAUGCAAUGGACUACUCUAUACUAAGUAAUCUUUUAGCAGAUUGCCCAAGUAAUUCAACUUCUGGGUUUGAUCAGUCAAUUAGUAGUAUUCCUGGGUUUGACAUUGGAAGUCCUGACCAGCCCUUUUACAAUGGCUGUGUCGGUAACAGCAGCGGCAAUUACAUGCUGCAGAAGCUUCCUCAGCUGCAGUUCUCGGCCCCAACAACGGCGGAGAAUCGGCUCAAGCGCCAGCUUCCGACGGGCACCGGAGACGAUCACCAGGCCCCGCCGAAAAAAUACAUGAAUUCUUUCAGUUUAAUUAGCAGCAACAUUCAAUCAGAAAUCCCUCAGAACAAUUUAAUGAACCAGUUGUUCUUGAAUCAGCAAUUGUUUUUGAGCCCCGAGCUCCAAUUUCAAGGAUAUUGAGAGUCAAAACAAGAUAGAUAAAAAAAAAAAAAAACAAAAAAAAACUAAGGUUGAGCCACACGCCAAGCCUUUUUUUUAUCAGUUUCUACGUGUAUAAAAGGGUAGGAAGUUGAUAUAUUUCUGGUUUCUGUUCUGAGAAAUGAUUGGUCAACUUUUUUGGGAAGUUAAAAGGGUAAUAGGAUAUUGUACGGAAAGAGUACUUAGAUCUUGAAUCAAACAUGAUUCAUGUAUAAUUGUGCAAUGAUUAGAUUUAAUACUUCAUUGAUAUUGCUAGUUGCUACCUUCGCAUAAGGAGCUUUUACUUUUUGUAACCUGCACUCUAUAUUUAUCCAGAAAUUAUACCCUAAUC